UGCUACUAAUUAUGUAAAAGCAGGUACUGUCUAUCUAAUCUAUUUUUUUUUCUAGAUUACAUCUAAACCGAGAUAGAUCAUUUAUCUAAUGAAAAACAAUUUGAAAUUUCAGGGAAGUUGCUAGAGGCUAAACGACCAAACCUUAUUGGACUCCUUGUGCAGCACACUGUCUUGAUCUUAUGCUAGAAGACAUUGGGAAGUUGGAGCCGGUUAAGAAUGCGUUGAAGAAGUGUAUUUUCAUGAAUGGAUACAUCUACUGUCGUGUGCCUCUGGUGAAUAUGAUGAGGAGAUUCACCAAUCAACACAAUCUUCAUCGGCCAGCUGUAACGAGGUUUGCCACUUCGUUUAUCACCAUGUCUCAGUUCCACAUCCAGCAAUCAAACCUGAAGAAGAUGGUCACAUCUGACGAUUGGAACAAGAGCAAAUGGCCAAGGGAAGCAGGGGCAAAGAAACUGAAGCAAUACAUUCUACAAGAAAGCUUCUGGAGGAAUGCUAGCUACGCCCUCAAGCUCACUGGUCCACUGGUGAAGGUGCUUAGGAUGGUGGAUGGUGAUAAGAAGCCGACUAUGGGAUACAUAUAUGCGGCUAUGGACAGAGCUAAAGAAGCUAUUGCAAGGAGUUUCAAGAUGAAGCAAGAGAAAUAUGAGAAUGUAUUUGAGAUCAUUGACAGAAGGUGGAAUUGUCAGCUUCACCAGCCUCUUCACGCAGCUGGAUACUUCCUAAAUCCAGCUAUCCAUUACGCCAAUCCUGAGGACGUUUGUUGUGAGGAAGUUGAGACCGGUUUGUACAACUGUAUCAACAGGCUUGUCCCGGACAGUGAGAUUCAAGACAAGGUGAUGCUGGAGCUUGAUAUGUUUAAGAACGCUGCUGGUCUCUUUGGCCAUAACAUGGCAAUAAGGCAAAGAGAGAUGAAAGCACGAGCUGAUUGGUGGUCUACUUAUGGAUCAUCAGCUCCUAAUCUAAGAGACUUUGCUGUGAAAGUACUUAGCUUAACUUGCAGUGCAUCUGGAUGUGAAAGAAAUUGGGGUGUUUUUGAGCUUGUAAGUCUUUUCUAUAUUCUUCCUAUUUCAUAGUCAGAUUUGAUCUUAAGCUCAGUAGCUCACUAAUGGUUUGUUGAUUAAAUUUAUUAUAGCUUCACACAAAGAGGAGAAACCGUUUAGCUCAACAUCGUUUGAAUGACAUGGUAUUUGUCAAGUACAACAGAGCUUUGCAGCGUCGCAUGAAGAGA